GUUCGUCUUUAAUUCGCUAACAUGGACCUAGUUGAACAUAUACACUUUUAUAUAAACGAUAAAAAACAUACAGCCCCUUUGGAUGGGCUGGACAUAAAUAUGUCUUUAAACACAUACCUGCGCAAUAAUUUAAACUUGACCGGUACAAAAAAAAUGUGCGCUGAGGGCGGGUGUGGAGUUUGUGUUGUAGCCGUUAAGAAAAAAAAUCAGCAUACAGGAAAAUUGGAAACGGUGGCUCUAAAUUCUUGUUUGGUGUCAAUUUUUUCAUCCUUUGGCUGGAGUAUUUACACAGUGGAAGGCAUAGGGGACAAAAAUAAUCCAAAUGCGAUUCAAAAGGCCUUAUGUAAGUUUAAUGGGACGCAAUGUGGUUUUUGCACCCCCGGUAUGGUUAUGAAUUUAUUCGCCCUAAACGAAAAACAAGAUUUAACAAUGAAAACAGUGGAAAAUUCAUUCGGAGGCAACAUUUGCAGAUGCACCGGCUAUAGACCUAUUCUCUCCGCAUUUAAAUCCUUAUGUACCGAUUUAACCAAGGAUUGUUUGGGUACUGUUAGUGAUAUAGAGGAUUUAACGAUAACCAAAAAAGGCUAUAACAAAAAUUGUGACAAUUCUUGCCAUAAAAACCCUCUGCUAUUCAAACUAUUAUACAGCUCUUGGAUCAAAGUGUUCAAUUUAUCGGAUUUACUCAAAGUUAUUGAAACAUUGCAAAGUGGCGAAAAAAAAUCGUCUUACAUGUUAAUUGCUGGUAAUACAGGUCAAGGAGUCUACAAGGUACAUAAAAAAUUUGACGUUUACAUCGACAUAAAUAACGUGAAGGAAUUACAUGUAUCGGAGAUAAAAAACAAUGAGUUAAUUAUAGGAGGUAACAUAUCCCUGACACAAGCAAUUGAUAAUUUUAACGACUACGCUAAGAAUGAUAAAUGUUUUAAAUAUUUGGAAAAGGUGGCCGAACAUAUAGAUCUUGUAGCUAACGUGGCUGUGAGGAACGGCGGAACAAUAGCCGGAAAUUUAAUGUUAAAACACCAACAUAAAGAUUUCCCAUCAGAUAUAUUCUUAAUUCUUGAAACAUUGGGAGCCCAACUAACAAUUGUCGACCCUUCCAAUAAGGAAUAUUAUGGAAGUCCAGAAGAGUUUUUAUCAUUGGAUAUGACCAACAAAGUAAUUAGGUGUAUUACUUUACCAGGUUUAAGCCAUAACCAUGAAUUCGCAAGUUAUAAAAUCAUGCCAAGGUCUCAAAACGCGCAUGCACUGCUAAACGCGGGUUUUUUAUUCAAAUUCGAUGACCAGAAAAAAAUUGAAUCUUUCCGGAUUGUUUAUGGAAACAUAAGCAAAAGUUUUAUACAUGCUAAGAAGGUCGAGGAUUAUUUGGUGGGAAAUAAUAUUUUUAAUAACGAUGUUCUUCAGAGAACCUUCGAGCUUCUCGAUGAGGAAAUUGUCCCGGAAUUUAAAGAAAUGGGGCCUUCCAUAGAAUUUCGCAAAAAAUUAUCAAUUUCUCUUUUUUAUAAAUUUAUUUUAAGCAUAUCGGAAACAGUUAGGGCAGACAUGAAAUCGGGAGCCGUUAAAAUGGAACGAACUGUAUCCAAAGGAACGCAAGACUUUCAAACUAAUGCUUCUUUAUAUCCUUUAUCGGAAAAUAUUUCAAAAUUGGAGGCGAUGAUUCAAAGCACUGGGGAAGCUCAGUAUAUAGCAGAUAUGCCAGAUCAACCAAAUCAACUAUUCGCCUGCUUUGUUUUGGCGAAGGCUCCAGCAAAUUCAAUAAUAAAAAAAAUAAACGCAGAAAAAGUCCUGAAAUUAAACGGAGUAGUGGCUUUUUACGGCAAAAACGAUAUACCUGGUAAAAAUACGUUUACUCCAAAAGUAUUUUCGGAGUUAUUUAUUGAAAUGGAGGAGGAAUUAUUUUGCAGUGGGGUGGUGCAAUAUUACCAUCAACCAAUUGGUGUUGUAGUUGCAAGAACACAGGAGUUGGCUGAAAAAGCGGCAGACCUAGUGGACGUGCAAUACGGAGAAUCAAAAGUGAAACCUUUGGUUAGCAUUAGAGAUGUAUUGAAAGCUAACCGAAAGGAAAAGAUUGUGCAAGACAGAGUAGUGCUGCCAGUGUUCAGAGGCGAAGAAGACAAGCAUAUUAUUAAAGGAAUGAUGGAUUUAAAGUGGCAGUCUCAUUUUCACAUGGAAAACCAUUGUUGCAACGUCUAUCCCAAUCAAGAUGGCGGACUGGAUAUGUACCCAGCUUCGCAAUGGAUGGAUUUGUCGCAGAAUGCGGCAGCUGCAGCCCUAAAUUUACCAGCUAAUAAAAUCAAUGUGGUUGUGAAGCGAUUGGGGGGCGGUUUUGGUGGAAAAAUCAUAAGAAAUUCGCAAAUAUCCACCGCAGCAGCGCUGUGCGCUUUUAAGCUUCAAAAACCGGUCAAAAUGUGGCUACCACUUAAAACGAACUUUAGGAUUAUUGGCAAAAGACAUCCCUUGUCUUGUGAUUACGAGGCCGCUGUCGACGAUGAUGGAAUAAUACAGUACAUAAAUAACUUAAUAUAUUUUGAUCACGGUGUUGGAAAAAAUUGCAAAGAUGUGUUUCUGUUUUUGGACAGCUAUUUGGGUUGCUAUAACACUACAAGUUGGUUUACAAAUACGUUUUUAACGCAUACCGACAUGCAUCCGAGCUGUUAUAUACGAGCUCCUGGAUCCUUGGAAGGAAUAACCACUGUGGAAUCGAUAAUGGAGCAUAUAGCCAUCAACAUAGGCAUGGAUUCUUUAGAUUUUAGGUUAGCAAACUUGAAUCCAGAAAAUACUGAACUGUUAAGUUAUAUCGUCGAUUUUAUCGACUGGGCUGACAUUGCAUCGAGAAAACUUGAAAUAAAUCGGUUUAAUAAAGUUAAUAAAUGGCGUAAAAAGGGGCUAUCAGUGAUCCCAAUGGUAUUUCCGUUUGAAAUAUUUUUCAGUUUUAAUGUUAUUGUAAGUAUUCACCACUUGGAUGGGACUGUUUCUAUAGCGCAUGGUGGAGUGGAAAUUGGACAAGGAAUUAACACCAAAGCCGCCCAAGUUUGCGCUUAUAAAUUAGGUAUACCAGUUAAUAAAAUUUCGGUUAAACCUACAAAUAAUUUAGUCAGUCCUAAUGUUUCUAUGACAGGAGCUAGUAUGACAAGUGAAGGAGUUUGUUAUUCCGUUAUCAAAGCUUGCAGUACUUUAUUGAAACGCAUGGAACCAAUUAAAGACAAGCUGGAUAAUCCAACCUGGGAGGAAAUUGUAAAACAAUGCUACUUCGAUUUUAUUGACUUGACUGCAAUGGGGAUGUAUUCGAAGAACGAUGAAGAACUGGGUGGCUACAACGUGUACGGGGUAUGCGCAGCAGAAGUGGAGUUGGACGUCCUAACUGCGCAGUACACCAUAUCUCGAGUGGACUUGUUGGAGGACGUUGGUGACAGUAUUAACCCGAAAAUAGACAUAGGACAAAUAGAGGGUGCUUUUGUCAUGGGUUUGGGAUAUUUUUUGACGGAGGAUAUUAAAGUAAGCGAGCAAGGCGAGAUUUUAUCUGACAGGACUUGGAAUUAUUAUCCUCCUGGGCCAAAGGAUAUACCGAUUGAUUUUAGGGUCAAAUUUCCGAAGGAUAAUCCCAAUGAAGUUGGUGUACUUAAAUCAAAAGCUACUGGUGAGCCUGCUAUAUGUUUAGCUGUCGCCAUACCUUUAGCCAUAAGACAGGCAGUGGCCGAAGUGAGAGGAUAUUUUGAUCCGACUUCAUCGAAAUGGUUUAAGUUUGGUAAUAUACGUAAAAAAAAGUGCACUUACCUGUUUUACACUUACAUUAUUUUUUGUAGAUGGGCCGACGACUCUGGAACAAAUUUUCACGAACUGUUUGCACGAUUAUAAGAGUUAUUCAUUGUAGGAAAGUCUUCUGAGGAAAAUUAAACAAAUGGAUUAGUUUAAACCCAUCAUAUAAUUAAUUAACAGUAAAAUAUUGAUUACAAAAUAUAAUAUUAAAAUAAAAACAAAAAUAUUCUUAACAAUAAUAAAAAAAUCAAUAAUUUGAACACUGCAUUUGUUUUAUGUGUUAUAAAUAAAAAUAUCUACUAAAACAUAUAUUAUAAAGCGUUGGCAUUUAGCAAUGUAGUCUAAUUUUUAAAUCAAUUAUAAAAUUACAAAAAUUCUAUCUGAAUUUAACUAUGAAACUGCAUUUAUUUAAUGGUCAUAUACAAUUGCUUAAUUAGAUAUAUACAUUUUGUUCAAAAUGCAUAGGGCGCAUCCACUCUUAAAAAAACACUGAUUUAACAUAUUCAAAAAGUGUUUUGAUAAAAUUUGGCGCGCCCUAUAGAGCAAUAUCAUUGCGAAAGGUUAAAUCCCAACUAUAGGAAAUUAUAUUAGAAAAAUAAAUGUAAUAGAGUCGAUGUAUAGCUUAGAAUUGUUUACAAGUACUAUAAAAAAAUAAUUAAAAUGGAAUGUAGGAAUGGCAUACAGGGCGAAUGAAAUAAAAACGUGGUAAUUGUCAAAGAAUUGUUAAAUUCGCCCUGUAUAUAAAUACAAACAAUGGUAUUCACAGAACAAGUUUACAUAUUGUUAGUAAUGCAACGAUUAUUUAUAUACGAUUGCGAUUAUACAUCCAAUAAUAGUACGAUUAGGAUUACGAUUAGUCAAAAUUUUUUUGUGAAUUUAGUUGAAUGUGUAAUUGUUUAUAAAACCGUUUAAAAAUGAAACAAUUCUCUUGAAAUCAAACUAAAUAUUAUUUUAUUUUAUGUUUUUUCAUUUUUAGUUUGCUAUUUUAGCGUGAAACUACGGUAUGUAAAAAACUGCAUUUUCUUUAAAAAAGUAUUAAUAUUAUACUAUACAUAUAUUAAAUUAAAUGAUAAUAAAUAACCGCGAAAAACUAUAUAUUUCUAAAAAAUACAAAACUAAUAUCAAUAUUUAAAACUAACAUACUUAAAUUAAAUUUGUACCUAAAAAGCAAAGUAUUUUAAAUUAUGUUCUUUCUUUUCUAUGAUUUUUUUGCAUUAUUUGCCCUAAAAUUUAAUGAAAAAUUCGUAAAAUAAUUGUAUUCGAAAAUUAAUAUUUGCAAGGUAAUUGUAAUCAUUGCAUCACACAAUAUGAUAUUGUUAUCACAUUUAAACGAUAAAAACUUAAUAUUAUUUAUACCUUAACAUUUAUACAGGGGGAUUUUUAAAAGUACUCUUGAAUUACCCUACAUAAUAGAGCAAAAAAAGCAAAAAGAAUUGCGUAAAGCAUAAAAACAAGCUCUUAUAGCAUUGGGGGCGAAAAUAUUUUUUACUAACUGUAACAUCACAGUAUUGUCGAAAAACAAAAAAAUUACUUUAUUAUUCGGUUGCUGUAUUUCGUCGAUUACAAAACAAUUAACAAAAAUAUUGCGUGUAUUUUUUAUCUAUGCAGUGCUAAAGAACGAAUAUUUACAUCAAUAGGACUCAAUUUAUACAAUUUACAUCUACUAUUAAAAACAAACAAAUACGAAAUAUAGUACAUAUCACAUUGUCGUGAGUUUAAAGAAUUUAACAUGGCGUCAAUUGUGUUCGGCGUAAAAAUAUUAUGCCAACGUUUCUGUCAAAAGCACACACGAAAUCGAAAUCCAGGACGGAUGAAAAUAGGCGAAAAUAGGCCACUCAAUUUUGAGUAAAAAAUAUUGGAAGUAUAGAACAAUAUACCUUGAUUGUUUUAAUCAAUAAAUUACAAAAAUAGCAUGCCCACUGCUCAUGUCUGUACUGCUCACUGGCAUUUUGAUUUUCUGAUUUUUUUCACCAACACAAUUGGCGAAUGUUGUUUUUUGUCAAGUUUUAACUAAAAUUAUUGUUUAUUUUAAUUUCAAGCAAGCAUUGUGUUUUUUCUUUUCUUAACUCUUUUUAUACAACUACCAUUAUAACAUUUAGUAUUGCUUGAACAAGGAAAAAUUUAAACGUAAAUAGACCACCAUUUGUGAAAUAGGCCCAAAUGUUAGGAUAUUUUUGUUUCAAUUUUAUUCUUACCAAAAGCGGAGUCAUUUUUAAUAUUUUAAGAUAAAUCAAUAUAGAAUGUGUAAUGGUUAUAGUUAAUUUUUCUAUAUAAUUUUUCCUAUUACUGAGUUUCCACAUAUUUUUUUAUAUUUAUAUACUAAUUAAAAUACUUAUAAUCGAAAUGAAUUAGUAACUGUUUGAUAUAGUUCUGAUAUAUUUUUAAAUAAUUUAAAUAUAAAAAAUAAGUAAAACAAUUUUGUGCUUUUUAAAUAAAAUAUUCUUAAUACUAAUUAAAAAAUAUACAUGUAAUUAUAAAAAAAUAAGUAUAUUAAGAUUUACUUAAAGAAUGCAAACAAUAUUUUGAGUAUAUUGUUGUUUGGACUUUGAGAGGCAAAACAAGUUAAUUUCAAUUAAAAAUUUAAUACACACUGUUACGUUUUUGAGUAUAUACAAGGUAAAUAGUUUGUAGGGGAAUGAAAAAUUAAAAUUGUCAUGGAUCAAGUUUUCUGGCAGUCGUGUAAAAUUUUAUCACAAUUUAAAAAAAUGUUUAGUUUGACACUUGAACCCGAAAUUGAUUUUCAAUAGGCCAAAAUAGGGUAACAAAUGCCAAUUUGCCAAUUUACUAAACAACGAAAAUGUUCAAAGAUAUUUAUUUGUCAGCCUUAUAACUUUUUUGUCAAACAUCUGCAAACUAAAUGCAAAAAAUAAACUAUAACCUUGUAUAUUUGGUACAUCACAAUGUUUUAUUUAUUAUUUAAAGUUUUUUGGAAGUCUUAAGUGAGUUACGGCAUAGUCGGCCAAAAAAUUAGCUUAACAAAAAAAAACGUCGACACUUUAUAGAACGCGUUUUUUCUCUUUUAAAUAAGCGAGCUUGCUUACAUGUUUUAUUCAUUUUUCUUUAACAACUAUUUAAUAAUGGUUUAAAAUUAACUUUGUUUGAAUUUUUUUGUUUUCAUUUUCCCUACUUGUCCUGCGCCCCGUUCAAACUAGUGCAGGCCUCUCCCGUCGACAUACUGCGCUGCGGGGUGGGACUUUUCCCGCUUCCACUACCACUACCACUACUUAGGGCCAUUCGUUGCAUCUGUCUUAUCACAGUGGUAGCAUGGUAUGCUUGCUAA